CUAUCUAAUAUAUGACGGCGGGUGGUCUGAAGCCUGCAUUAAUGCGCUUGGCGGUUUCCAAGUUGACUGCAGCUCGCGCAGAGCCACUGGAGGCAGUCGAACAUCACACCUCGAGCUCAACAGGAGGAGAGGAGGACAACAGCAAAGUCUCCACACAUACAAACAGCCCCAAGUCAGCGCUUACUUCAACACAAGGAUUUCUCUUAGCGUUAAUGGAUACUCCCACCUUCGCAUGUCAUUUCCAAUGCAUCUUAAAACAUGAAACGCGCGUAGACUUUAAAUCGCUUCUUCCGCGCGCAGACAAGGACAGAGGGAAGAGACGUGCGUACUGUCCAAACUAACUGCAAAGACGCAGGAUGGCUAAAGAAACCAGAGGGAAAGCGACCCUGCGCAAACACAGCGCUUCUCACUGGCGCAUGCAGAACAUCGCCCAGGAAUCUGUCGACAGUUCGGAUGAUGAGUUUUUUGAUGCCCGCGAGGUGUUGGAGGGGAAGACGGCCAUGCUUUUGGGGAUGAGUCAGUGGAACUCUAAUGAUCUGGUUGAACAGAUAGAAACCCUGGGCCACAUUGACCAGACACAGGAGAGCCUGUACCGCGUAAGGAGGUCGAAAUGUGUCCCUCAGACUAGCAUUGACGGUCUAGAGGAAGCUGAGAAGAAAUGUCAAACACAUGUGCUGGUGCUGGUGGUUCAUGGGGGCAACAUACUGGACCCGGCGGGUGGAGAGCCAGGUGCAAAGACCGCAGAUGUAAACACCCUGUCCUCAGUGCUGGAGAAAGUAUCUCAAGCUCAUUUCCAAGCUGCAGCCCAGCAUGUCGUCAUCAAGUUGGUGCCAUGCCCAGCCGUAUGCGCAGAGGCCUUCUGCCUUGUGUCAAAUCUGAACCCUUACAGCUACGAUGAGAGUUGCGUGUCCAGCAGCGUAGACCAUCUACCUCUGGCCGCUUUACCGCUGCUCGCCAUUGCUGCUCCACACUACCAAGACGCCGUCGGGACCGUGAUCGCCCGGGCCAACCAGGUGUACCACAGCUUUCUGCAAUCUCCAGAGGGACAAGGGUUCACAGGACAGGUGUGUUUGUUGGGAGACUGUGUGGGAGGUGUGCUGUGUUUCGACGCUCUCUGUUUCAGCAACAGCCCACGACACAGCAGCCCCAUCCACAGCAGCCGACAUAACAGCACAGAGAGCUUACAGGAUAACCCUGAAGUCAGUCCGAGCCUGAGCUCCAGCAAACGUCUUAGCAGGAGCAACAUCGACCUAUCUGCCCCCAGUGAGACCCGCAACAGGAAAACUCCACUCAGCCGCAAACAGAGCGACUCGUAUGAUGCAGACUCCUCUGGCAGCCAGCACCACCCAUUCCUUAGCAGUUUGAUACAGGAUGGAACCGACCUGAGAACAAGCAGCAGCACCAGUAUAUUGUUAAAUCCAGGUCGCUUUGACUUUGAGGUGACAGAUUGUUUUCUACUGGGCUGUCCUCUUGGAUUGGUGCUAGCCAUGAGACGCACUGUGCUUCCCGCCAUCCAGGUGUCUCAGCUCCGGCCUGCGUGUUCACAGAUCUUCAACCUGUUUUACCCCUCCGACCCGUCAGCCUCUAGAUUGGAGCCCUUGCUGCACACCCAAUUCCACAAACUGCCUCCAUUCCCCGUGCCCCGCUACCAGCGUUACCCUCUGGGAGACGGCCGCUCCACCCUUAUCGUCAAUGAAAUCCACAGCUACCCUGACGUGUUCCUGCCCGGCAAUAAUGCAGUUCCGGUGGGCGCUUCGCACUCCUCCUCUCCCCAGGCGGAACACAACACAUGUAGGCGGGUGGGCGGUGAGGUCCGCAGGUCCAGUUUGACCAGCAUGGACAGCCAGUUAUCAGGCUGCUGGGAGAGCAGGCUGAACAGCACCAUCGCCAACAUCUCCAGCAUAUGGUGGGGGUCUAAGCGGUUGGAUUAUGCUCUGUACUGCCCGGACGUCUUGACGUCGUUUCCCACAGUGGCUCUGCCUCACCUGUUCCACGCUUCCUACUGGGAAUCCACCGAUGUGGUCGCCUUCCUUCUGCGACAGGUGAUGCACUGUGACUAUGUGAAAGCCCAAGAGACAGACAACUCUGACUCCGCCCCCUUCUCCCCUUCAAGUCCAAGAGAGAAGUGGCUACGCAGACGCACACACGUCAAGCUUAGGAAUGUCACUGCCAACCACAGAGUCAAUGAUGUCAUCGCAACCGAGGACGGGCACCAGACCCUGGUUGGUCGUUUCAUGUACGGUCCUCUGGAUAUGGUAACCCUGACUGGCGAAAAGGUCGAUGUGUACGUGAUGACCCAGCCGCAGUCGGGUCGCUGGGUGCACUUAGACACCGAGGUGACCAACAGCAGUGGCAGAGUGACCUACACCAUCCCCAAAAGCAAAAAGCUUGCCGUGGGAGUCUACCCCAUCAAAAUGGUUGUCAAGGGUGACCAGACGAGUGCAGAAGCCUUCCUGACGGUGUUGCCAAGGGGGAUGGAGUGUGUCGUCUUUAGCAUCGACGGUUCAUUUGCCGCUAGCGUCUCUAUUAUGGGCAGUGACCCUAAAGUACGGCCCGGAGCUGUGGAUGUGGUCAGACACUGGCAGGACCUGGGCUACCUGAUCAUUUACAUCACUGGCCGUCCAGACAUGCAAAAGCAGAGGGUUGUGUCCUGGCUGUCUCAACACAACUUCCCCCAGGGAAUGAUCUUCUUUUCGGAGGGGUUGGUGCACGACCCACUUCGCCAGAAAACCAUCUUCCUCAGGAACCUGGUGCACGAGUGUCACAUUAAAAUCAACUGUGCCUACGGCUCCAUGAAGGACAUUUCCGUCUAUAGCAUGCUGAGCCUCAGCCCAAACCAGAUAUAUAUAGUGGGACGGCCUUCCAAGAAGUACCAGAAUCAGUGCCAGUUCCUGAGUGAGGGCUACGCGGUACAUCUAUCCUCCCUGCAGUUCAGUCACAGAGCCCGGCCCAAGAAGAGCUCUUCAGUGCGAAUGGUGCUUCGAAAGGGCUCAUUUGGUCUGUCAGCCAAACCGGACUUCUUGUGUAAGCGCACGCACCUCCGUCGCACGAUGUCGGUGCAGCAGCCUGACCCGCCCAUGACACCCAACCCUAAGCCCGAACGAGCACAGAGCCAACCCGAGUCGGACAAGGACCACGGGGGUGGAGGGGGUCCAGGCCAUGCCCUGUGGUCACGGGGGUCCAUGCACCGUGGUGACACCACUCCCUGACCCAAGAGAAACAUAGGAGGGAUGUAAAAAGGACUAAUGGGAAUGAUCUCUUGGUGGACAGAUCCUAGCAUCUUUACUACUUCUGCUGAUAUUACACACCAUAUAAUAAGACAAAUCCCACCUGAGCUGAUAAAAACUCCUGCGGAAGUGCCAUCCGCGUGGAUCAGACACAACGGCACACAAACUCUGGAGUUGUACAUCAGGAGCUUCUGGAUUUAUUUAGCAUCCUACGAAGGAUUUCUCGCAUUACCUGUCAGGAAGAAAGAGGAUAUCUGAUAAGAGAAGACAUCAAAUUUCCUCAUGCAUAAGCAAUACGUAGGAAAAGGGAGGGCAAGUAUCCUGCUGCUCGGACAGGUGGCGGCGAUGACUCUUGCAAUAAUCUCUCUGUUUUAGUAUUGCAAGCAUUUGUCUGCUCUCUGGGCGGCUGUCUACGGCCCGCUUGUGGCCAGACGGACUUGCAAAACUGUACAUUAACCUUUUGUGCCAGUGUGGCGACCUGCUCUGAACUCUUGUCGCCCCUGUCUCUGUUCAGCCACUCAGCCAGAACAGAGUCUGACACUGCUGCUGAACUCCGCCCAUUCCUCUGAUGGGUCACGCCACAACUCGCAGCACUCUGGUACACUGCAGAAGCAUAUUUAUAACCAUCGGUGGUUUUUCUUGUGCCUGUCUCUUACCUGUGUUGUAAAUAUAAGUGGCACUGAGACCAACAUAGUAUGUUUGAUGUAUAUGAGCGUGGCAAUCGCUGACUCAUACUACAAUAAAACAUUAUCUUAAUCAGUAUUUUUGUCUCUUUUUCCAGUACAAAUAUUUAAACAUCCUUAAAACAAGAUGAAUUUACUUGAAGCAUAAGAAUUCUUUUCAGACUGACUGUAUUAUAUGGAAGUAAUUUAAUGACGAAUGUUUUUUGAAAUAAAAAAAGCUUGUUGAAUUGCACUAAUUGAAAAAAUAUGCAUUGCAUUAACCGUGCUUGCGUUUUAUUUUUAGGGCUUGCAUUUUUGUGGGCUGAAAUUCUACAUUUAAGCUAUGAAUAUUUCACAUCAAAACAUUUCACACACAUUUUCAUUAUUAAAAAUUCAGUAAUCCAUACUCGCCUUUCAGGUUUCACUUCCAAAAUAUUCGGUCUGUUUAAAAAUACAACCUGUAAUAUUCUAUCCAAUUUUCGGGUCCAUUUUAUUUCGCGUUACAAAUUCACUUCCACAGAUUCAGUGCUUCAAAUUUGACAGAAAAUUCAACAUUGCAUAUCCGGGAACCGCAGGAAUAACAGUCGAGUACCGAUGCAUAAUCUCCAUCUGCUGUUAGUCUUCCUCACCAGCAGGUGGCGCAAGCGGCUAUAGACGAAGACCAGCGCAUCUAAAGAAAGUCCAUUGUUGCCAAGAAUUGGAGAAGCAUCUCGCUGCAGCCUGCGGUGGACUUCCAACCCGGCCCACAUCCAAGUGUGAUGUCAGAAGCCACGCCCGUGCUGCCCUGCAGCCGAUUCUUAAGAUUUUAUUGGUCAUGUCCAUCAUAGUACUGAUUGCCUACACCCAACACUGAUCCCUAAACCUACCCGUCUCUGUAACUAAUGAAAUUACCUGCAGGGCUGGUGAAGUGGUCAUGAGGGCACGGGCCGGAGCCGGGGCCGGGGCCGGGUUGGAAGUCUACCGCAGGCUACAGCGAGCUCUUCUUGAAGAAUUGGGGUAUUUUAACACAGUUGCCGCUGGUUGUUUUACAUGUCCGAGUUGAAGCGACCCCAAAUAACAUGAUAUUUAACCCCUGGAAUGCAAUUUUUCCACGGGAACCAAACCAAAAAAUGCGGAUUUUACCCCCCGGAACGCGAUUUUUACGCGAUUGGGCUAGUUUUAGGCUAGUUUUGAGUAGCAAUUGGGUGGGUUUUGUUGUGAAAAUUUGGCAACCCUGAGAGAGUCGUUCAUUCAUAAAAACAGAUUUAGAGAAAUGGAGCAAGCUGUGAUGAUAUUUCAUCUGAGAACGACAUAAAAUAGCAAGACAUAAGAGAUUUCUUUCAAAAACAUUCAAAUAUGUAACUGACCCCAAACUUUUGAACAGUAAUGUAUAAAUUUAAUAUAUUCUCUUAAUAUUUUUUGUUUUGUUUUUUGUUUCUCAGGUAAAUGCAUCUUGUUAAGAAUUUUCAGAUAUAUUGACUGAAAACCAAAAAUAAAAAAAUCUGAUUAAGAAAAUAGUUUUUGUAGUGCACCUUAACUGGCCAAAUUACCGUUUUAAAUUUGUAUCGUAAAGUGACUGUGAUAGUUAGGAUGUCUUAUGUCACAUUAAUCAGUUUUAUCAGUACAACAACUUGUGCAAACACACAUUGAUAUUGUUUACAUGUAAAUCCAUCUCACUGAGUAUGAUGGUCUUGUUGAAGAACAUACUAUAUUAGUAUUUUAUGCUAUACUUGAGGAUAACCUUGGUGUUACAAUAAAUACAUGUAAAUAAACUACUGUGUUUGAACAAAAGACACUAUCAGGCCGCUCUAAUGCUGGUGUCACCAUGAGGGUGUCCAUAGUCAGUAGUUCUUGUAAUGUCACAUUUUUUCCUAUUGCAAUUACUGAUUUUUGGUACUUUGUAUGGGGCUGUCUAUUGAAAAUUGUAAUUUUACAGCUAAAGUAUUUAUUAUGUAAUUUUAUUUUCUUGUAUAUUUGACCGUAAUUCUUUAUAUUACCCUGGAAACUGUGCGAAAGUGGGUAGGCAUGAGUGUUUUGGUCUGUGUGGGGUCUGUAUCUAUAUGUGUGCAUGUACAUUAUGUGUAUGAGUGUUAGUUUGGAGAAUUUUGUAUUUAUUGUACAUAUUUUUAAUUCAGAGAUCGUGCUAGUGGCCUUUUGAUCCUCUGAUAGUUAAAGUUUGAAACUGAGCCUGUAAUUUGUGUAGAUUUUAUAGGCAGUAUUUUUAAUUCUUUCGUGUGUGAUCAUUGAAACGACAUUGCUGAAUUGUCAAUAUACUGUAUUUCAGCCUUAUCAAGAUGUAUAUUUAUUUGUCUAAUAUCUAUAUUCUCAGAUGGUGUGUGAAAAAGUAUAUUUGUAUUUUAAAUACAUGUAAAGUACAUAUUCAAUACUCAAGUGUGUCAGUGGCCUCCCAUAAAAGGUCUCUUGACAAACAUGUAUUAUUGUGGUAUUUGGUCCAGUCAGUCUAUUUCAGUGGAUGUGCUUCUGUUGGGCCUAUACCGAGCUGUAUAUUCACUCAAUAAACCAUUGUAAAACCUG